AUGAAGAGUGCGGCGUCUUCUUCAUCAUCGGGCAGUGAGAGGGCUAAUGGAAGUGCUGUGGGCUAUGAACUAGAGGACAGUAAAUCAAAGUCCAACAGCAGAAUGAGUUGUGCGAGUGAUGACAGUUGUGCUAUCAAUGAACUAUUGGAGGGACGUAUGGACCUCACUGUGAAACUGCCUAAAAAUGGUAGUCCUGUUGUGAUUAACGUCGAAAGACGGACACCAAUGCUUGACUUAUUGGUCAACAUAUCUACUCAAUACCGGUUCAAUGCCGCCAAUUAUACCAUUAAUGCCGGUAAUCACGAAUUUAAGGCCAGUACUCCUAUCGGCACUCUCGAUGUCAAUCAGAUCGCAAUUAUUCCUAAACCUAUUAAAAGCAAUUCACUAAAAAGCAAUAGUCCUUCGGCUGUACCCUUUCAGACGACAUUCAGACUACAGGUUAAUUUACCUCGAAAUCAACUGAUGGUUCUUAGGGUUACACCCAAUGCCACGAUUGCUGCCAUUAAGCAGAUUAUAUGCAGUGAGAAAGCACUGGACGCUAAUAAAUACCAAUUGGUUCGGUUCGCCGGCAAUAGUGAAGGACCCCAUGUGUUGGACCCCAACAAGACUUUGGCCUUCUAUACACUCAACGAAGUGACUCUCAUAUCAAGCAAAUCACUCUCACAAAUUGAGAUGCAAUACGGGGCCACUACCACCCAGACACAGGUUGACAUGUCUCCCUCGCCCGCCAGUGUCUCUGUCAAUAAGAUUCAAAUGAAUUCAAUGAUUAUAAGUCAAUCAAAUCCAGACAUUAGGACUAUAGAUGAGAAGUCAGUAUUAAAUCACACGACAACUGGGAAGCAGCAAAAGAAACGACAGGCGCCCCCUCCGCCCAAACACUCGUCCGCCACUCUUCCCAACAGAACAUUGCCGACAGAAAUGAAUUCAUAUAAAGAGGAGAAAAAUGUGACAAAUGUGCAGAAAAUGGAGACAAAUGAGAAAAGUGGUGAUCGAUUGACUGAAACUAUAAUUGAAGAGAAACCAGUGCUUAAAGUCCCCCAAAACAGUGUCUCUCAUAUGCGACAGAAUUCCGGUUCGGAUUCGAGUGGUUAUCACGAGUCAGUGCUCAGCAGUAGUGACUCUCCGGAGUCCACUUCGGCCACAACUGCCGCCAAAUCAAUAUUAAAUCACACGACAACUGGGAAGCAGCAAAAGAAACGACAGGCGCCCCCUCCGCCCAAACACUCGUCCGCCACUCUUCCCAACAGAACAUUGCCGACAGAAAUGAAUUCAUAUAAAGAGGAGACAAAUGAGAAAAGUGUUGAUCGAUUGACUGAAACUAUCAUUGAAGAGAAACCAGUGCUUAAAGUCCCCCAAAACAGUGUCUCUCAUAUGCGACAGAAUUCCGGUUCGGAUUCCAGUGGUUAUCACGAGUCAGUGCUCAGCAGUAGUGACUCUCCGGAGUCCACUUCGGCCACAACUGCCGCCAAAUCAAGUUUAAUGACAACAGAGAUAUCUAAUGUCAAUAAUACUAAGUCAGGCACUACUAAGAAACGUCGCGCUCCACCGCCACCCCCUUCCACACUACAUUCUCAAUGCAUGAGUGAUGUGAGUCUUCCACUUUCCACAUCGUCCUCAUCGAGUGGCACCGCCUCCUCUAUCAAUAACAGAAGUCUUUCCCCUAUUGUCAUCACACAAACCAAUGGUUCGUCAACACCUCUGCAGAUAUCCCUCGACUCCAGAGAUACUUCAUUGGACUCGGAGUCAGGAUUGCAAUCAUUGACUAAAUCGGAGGAACAUUCUGUUGAAUGCCAACCAAAUGAGACACAAAAUGACAACUCUUCGGAAAAUAGAGACAAUAAAAUUGAAAUAAAAGAAACGACAGAUAUUUCAUGCGAUUUCAAAGAAUCGGAUCAUUCAGACAACAGUUCUCUAAAAAGUUUAGAAACAAAAGGGAAUCGAGAGGAAGAGGCAUCAAGUGUUGAUCCAUUGGAGGUGACUAUUAUUAGCAAAGACACAAACAGUGAAUGUCAAGACAUUAGCCUCAGUCUAAAUGCAGACCAAUUAGAGCCUCCAUUAACCACUGGAACUACUUUAGAGGCAACAGAGAGCCAACUUAAAGUUGAAGUCAAUUGUAUUUCUUCGGCACCUAAUUUCAAUGACAAUGAAUGUGAAGCACAGGUGAUGGCAAGGGAUAUAUGCACUGAAAAUACAGCGGACAAUGAGACAGAGGCAGAGUUAGGGGAGAUGGCGAUGAUGUCAAUGCCAUUACCGCCGCCGUCGCCCUUCCAGAACAGCAAUCACGAAGAGAACAGCUCUUUGCAUGACUCGAGUGAGGGUCAGACCAUUCAAGAGAUUAGUCGUGAAGUGAGCGAUAAUUUUAAGGACGAAUACAUUUCUAGUGAACAAUCGAUUAAUAGUUAUGAAAGUUUGCAAACAAAAGACGAAACAAUCGUUAAGUCAAUAGAAACGACGGCAACGAGCGAUGGCUAUAAACAGGAUGAAAGGGAACCGAUUGUUGGCGACGAUGACUCACUCGACAGAGAAAUUGAAGUAACCUUACAGUCGCUCAAUGAUGAGUUGGAUCGACUCGACUCGAUCGACCACAUCGAGAGCCAACUGUCCGCUGAUGAACAGUCACUGCAAGCAAUCCAAGUGAACAAUAGCUCACAAUCUACUGAUUCCGACAAUACUAUCAAUAAUAAUAAUAACGUUAAUAGUGUUGACAGACAAACAAAAGAUGAAACAAACAAUACCACAAAUGUCUCGGUUAUAGUGAAACCAACGAAUAGCAGUACUCCUGCUAUGGAGACCAUUAGAAACCAAUUCGAGAGACAAUCGCCAACCCCUUCGCCCACACCCAGAGUUAUAUCACUCGACAAUAAAAGUAAAUCCGUUGCGAACCACAAAAGUGAAGCAGAACUUAAAGUUUCAUCCAAUGGUAAAACCACUGUAAUUAUCAAUACGAGUGAAACAUCGACUCCGCCGCCACCGCCUCUUUCGCCGAUAUCAUCCACUUCUAUGUCUCCGAGUCCUACAAACGAGGAUAAGGUGUCGAUCACCGACGAAGUGAGACAAGUGUCACGACCGCGCGUUAAACUCACAAACUUUUCCAUUGGUUCCUAUAAGAAAGAAGUAGACAUUUUUGAGGACAGCCCUAAAAUAUGGAGAGCAAACGCGCCCUCGACCGCACCCGCACUCAAAUCUGGCACAAAGUCGGUCGUGACGUUCCCUUCUGUGAAGAAAGACGAGAAAAUGAGGCCUUCUAUCAAUCAAAACACAUCAAAGGUUAACAUAACAUCCACUUCCACUACCAUUUCCACUACAACUCUCCCUAAGCCGUCGUCACCUGUUAUACAGACUCUUAUAACAAGUGCGCCCAAAAUCAAUCGAAUCCAAUCAUGGAGUGGACACAAGAAUGUUGGCUUUGAUGAUAAAAAGAUCAAAGAGUCGGUUAAGACAAAUGAGAGGUAUGUCUCGCAGAUUGCCAUUAAUAGAGAUACAGUUCCCACGCCAAGUUCAACGCCAAGUCCAACGCCAAGCAAAGAAUCGGAUGAAGGAUUAAGAUCGCCUCAACUCGUUGUCCAAUCGUUGAUUGCAAGAAAUGAGGAGAGACUGAAUAGGUCGCCCUCUCCUAAACUAAUACCACAAAAAGUGGAACCAAUACCACAAAAAGUGGAACCAAUACCACAAAAAGUGGAACCAAUACCACAAAAAGUGGAAUUAAAACCACUAAAAGUGGUAUCAAUACCGCCAAAAGUGGAACCAAUAGCACAUAAAGUGGACCCAAAACCAGGGAGAGUGGAGCCAAUGAAAGGACAUACAAAUACUACUAAUACUAAUAACACUACGAUUUCCAUAAAAGCCGGUUCAGAAUCUGUCAUUAGAUUCAAUACUAAACACAAUUUGGAUAAAAUUAAUAACGAAAUUAAUUCUAAACAGAAUAACUCACAGAAUAAUUAUAAGCCAUCAGAUUUUAAAUUAAAGACCAAUCAAACAAUACAAUCAAAUAAAGCUGCUAAAGAGGAACCCCCGAAAAUGUCUACAACACCAUCAUCACCAGUGCCACCACCAGUGCCGCCACCAAUACCCCCACCAGUUCCACAGAAUAUUCCUUCAUUUAAGAGCAAUACUUUGCCCAAAAACCCGGUCAAUACAAAAAUAUUCCACACAAAGGGCUGGAGUAGUGAUAAAGCCGUGCGAAGCGGUGAAGUGCCAAAAGUAAAACACGUCGAACCGCCCAACAAUUCGGUCAAUUCGGUCGAUGUUAGGGACCAACUGCUCAACGAUAUUAAAAAUUUCGGCGGAAAGAACUCACUUAAAAAGGUAUCGAAGAACACAUCGUGGAAACUGGAGGUGAAUGCCGUCAAGACAUAGCCUCAACAUUAUAUAGAUUUGCGUUACUAUUUUUAAUCGUUUAACAGAUUUUUAACAAAAAGAAAAAAUAUAUUUAUCAAAAUAAAAUGUCAUUGAUUUUUAUUUUACUUUAAACUGCAAGUGUUUGAAAUCUAAUUUGUUGCGAUGUUUCGGAUCCAUGAAACAUGAUAUGAAAAGUCUAAUAGCGG